AGGAGACAGCUGACUCUCUUGGUUUCCAUUUCAGUGGUCAGGUGUCAGCUCUACCCACCCCAGCGUGCCUUCCAUGCCUCAGCUGCGCUGAGGAGAGCCUCAGAUGAGCACAAGAAGGAGCCAUCAGCAUCUUCCUCUCAGCAGCAGUUUGAUUCACAUCCUUCAGAUCGCCAGCCUGAACAGGAACAUCAGGGCCCUCGCCCCAGUUACACUGGCCAGGGCGGCCAGGAGUCUGAGGACUAUGAGAGCGAGGAGCAGCUGCAGCAUCGAAUCCUCACAGCAGCGCUGGAGUUUGUGCCUGAACAUGGCUGGACUGCAGAAGCCAUUGCAGAGGGAGCCAAGACCCUGGGUCUCUCUGUUGCUGCAGCAGGGAUGUUUCACAAUGAUGGCAGUGAACUGAUCCUGCACUUUGUGUCUCAGUGCAACACCAAGCUCUCCGAGCUGCUGGAGCAGGAACAAAAACUAGUGCAGCUGGGCGAAACAGAAAAGAAGACUACAGAUCAAUUCCUGAGAGAUGCUGUGGAAGCCAGACUAAGGAUGCUGAUUCCGUAUAUUGAGAAGUGGCCCCAGGCUCUGAGCAUCCUGCUGCUCCCACAUAACAUCCCUUCCAGCCUCAACCUCCUCACCAGCAUGAUUGAUGAUAUAUGGCACUACGCUGGAGACCAGUCCACGGAUUUUAACUGGUACACUCGUCGGGCUGUGCUCACUGGCAUCUACAACACCACAGAACUGGUGAUGAUGCAGGACUCAUCCCCUGACUUUGAAGAGACUUGGCGCUUCCUGGAGAACAGGGUAGCUGAUGCUAUGAACAUGGGCAAUACAGCUAAGCAGGUACAGUCAACCGGAGAAGCUCUUGUCCAGGGAUUGAUGGGAGCUGCAGUUACUAUAAAGAACCUGGCCGGGCUGAACCAGCGUCGGUGAGGAGGGAGCCGCGUGCGGGGCAGGAGCCC